GCGAUCGAUGGAGCUGACGACGACAACUCCUCCUCUUCCUCGGACCGGCCAUUUCCGCACCGGCCUGAAAGGGAAACAGGACAAAAAGAUAGCACUGUUAUGAAAACAUGCCUCCAAAAUUCAAGCGUCACCUCAAUGAUGAUGAUGUUACUGGGUCAAUCAAAAGUGAGAGGAGAAACCUCCUAGAGGAAGAUUCAGAUGAAGAAGAGGACUUUUUCUUGAGAGGACCAUCAGGUCCAAGGUUUGGACCCAAGAAUGACAAGAUCAGACAAGUUCAAAACCAGGUUGAUGAAGUUAUUGAUGUCAUGCAAGAAAAUAUCACCAAGGUGAUAGAGAGAGGAGAGCGGCUGGAUGAUUUGCAAGAUAAGUCAGGUUGGUAUUUUUCCUCGUCCCUUUUAGAAGAUGAAACUGAGUUCCAGGAACACCAUGUCUUUCAUAUUACCUGAUCUCAGCAUACUUGG